AUGGAAGGUAGUAUUGUACAGUUAAAAAUAUCCUGCAACAAUGCCGAUUCUGAAUUAUACUGCAUUGCAUUCCGAAUUGCUGGUGUACAUGUAAAUGCUAAUUUAUCCUAUCGACUAAAUGAUAUGCAGUGGAAUCGAAUUGAAUUAAUUAUAUGUGUAUUACUUACAAUACUCCUUGGAGUAACACUAUUUGGUGGAAUUGCAUUGUGGAAAAUAUGUUGGAAGAAUGAAAAAAGUAAACUUGUCUCAACUAUGCAAAUGCAAUUUCUCUAUCAUAUGAAACAACAACAAGUACAUAUGCAAGAACAAAUAGCAUCAAUAAAAGCAAGUAUUGAAAGGCAUCCAAUGUUUGAAAAUGAAACUGACCAAUGUCCAACAAAUGUUGGAAUGCAGAAGAGGAAACUUUACUUUAGUGCCGAUUUCUUUGAACCUGAAUUAAUGGCUAAUCCACCAGUGUUAGCUGUGCAAUUUGUAUACGAACUACGGAAAAUGAUUGAUAUAGCUAAGGAUCGGAUUAGGAUGAAGCGACAUGUUCCAACGCUAACAACGAUCUCAGAGGAUAGCGAAAGUGAUGAAUAUCUGGAAAUACCGAGACCACCAAGUCGAAUGAAUGAACGUAUUGAUGAGCUUUCACCAAAAUCGCUAAAUUCAGUGGAUUCUGGAUGUGAUUCGAUGAGUGAUGAGGAUGUACAGAAUCAAAAAGUAUUAGCACAAAAUCAGAAACAAGAAUCAGAGCAAAUACAGAAAAAGGAUAAAAGUGGAAAGUUGAAUGAAGUUGAAUUGGAAGGAAAAAGAAAAGAAAAUGAUGAUAUACAACCGGAUCCUUGUCUUAAAAAAAUUCAGCAAUGUACAAUAAUACCAGAUAAGAUUCCUGUAUUUAGCAAUUUAAUGCCACGAUCAGUUACCAAAGUUGUACAAAUUUCCAGAAUACCUACCACAUCUUCAUCUCGUAUAACAUUGGUGACAACAUCACAACGACUUAAUCCAAAACCUCAUUUAUCUUCUGAUAUAUCCAAAACAAUUUAUAAUCAGCAAAAUGGUGCAAAUACAUUGGCGGAAAAUGCUAUUUCAUCUACAGUAUCCAAAUUAUCAAAUUUGGCAUCCGUAAAACGUGAACCACCAAAUCUGAAGCAUAUUUUAAAUAAUGUACCACCACCUUUACCGGAAACUACUCCACCAACUACACCACCAGCAUGCCGUAAUCGACUAUACAGCGGACGGCGGAAAGCCUAUGCCGUUUUUCCAAAUACUGAUUUGAUGCUUAAAAAAUCAUUGCCACGGCGAUCGAAACGACAGCAACGAUUUGGCACUGCUGCUGCAGUUGCCGUGCAAACAACAUUAUCAUUAUCAUCGCCAUCACCAGCAUCAUCAACAUCAGUGUCGCAAUCGUCACCGCAAUCAUCACCAUCAUCAUUGUCAUCAUCAUCAUCAUCAUCAUCAUCAUUAUCAUCAUCAUCAUCAUUAUCAUGUGUGUCAUCCGUUGCGUAA